AUGGAAACGGUAGAUACGCCUCCCGUCGCCGCCGUCAAUUUACAGGCAGCGGAAGACGCCAUUGGCUCAACCGCGGGUAUUUCCCAACCGCCACAAUCGCAAUCGCAAUCGCAGCCGCCGUCACGUGAAGUGGAUUCGUUUCCAGUUGCUGGAUCUUCCGAUGAUGAUGUUGUCGUCUCGGAGGUUGAAUACUACUUCAGUGACGAGAAUUUGCCAACUGACAAAUUUCUUCUGAAUGCUAUGAAGAAAACCAAAAAAGGCUUUGUUCCCAUAUCUACCAUUGCUACAUUCCGUAAGAUGAAGAAACUUACACUAGACCAUGCCCUGAUAGUAUCAGCCUUAAAGGAGUCGUCAUUUCUUGUUGUUAGUUCGGAUGGGAAGAAGGUGAAGCGUCUGAGUCCUCUUCCUGAGGUCAGGGAUCCAAAGAUUUUCACUGUUCUGGUAGAAAACUUGCCGGAGGAUCAUUCAGACAAGAACAUUCGUGCGAUUUUUGGUAAAGCUGGAAGGAUUAAAAGUGUAUCCAUAUGUGAUCCUAAUGCUGCUGAAGAAUCAGAGAAGGGCUGUAAGAAGGACAAAUUCAUUCGAACCAGAUUACAUGCCUUUGUGGAAUAUGAAACAGUGGAGGCAGCUGAGAAAGCGGCAGCUACAUUGAACAAUGAGCAAGACUGGAGAAAUGGGUUGCGAGUUAAGCUUCUUGAACAAGCAGGAAAGUUUACACAGAGAAAACCAGCUAGGAGGGAAGUCGAUACAGAGAAGAACAAGCAUGAUCAAACGGGAGGUGAGGAGAAGAAAAAGGCAAAUGAACAUCAGCAUCACCGUCACUAUCAUUCUGAUACUCCGGCUGAAGAUGAUGGAGGGCAUAAAAAUGGGAACAAAAGCAGAGGUCAGGGACGGGGAAGGCGGUCGAAUCAACAAGGCAACAACGGACAUGGAAGCUCACCAUCAAGCUCAUCUUUCCAUCAUAAUUAUAGUAAUAAUAAUCAUCAUCCUGUUGAGGUUUCAAAGCGUCCGCCCGGCCCGAGAAUGCCUGAUGGGACGAGAGGUUUCACAAUGGGGCGUGGUAAACCGCUUCCUCCUCCUCCCACAUCUGCUCAAACCAGUCACCAAGUUUGA